AUGCAGCAACGUCGAGAUGAAAUCCUAGCAAAGAAAGCAAAGCUCGCAGAGCUUAAGCGGCAGAGAGAGCUUCGGGCCAGCCAGGCGACCGCCAGUCGCUCGAGCAUAGGCACCCCUAGCGACUUGAUAUCCCCGACUCCCGGAAGAGCAGAUAACCGCCGCGAGAUUGAAUCGCUCAUCAACAGCUUGGUGGGCGACAGCAGACCUGGCUCCACCGUCACAGGAGGCGCUGCCUCUCCGGCCCCUCGUGGCAGCCGUCCGAACAGCGUAUUGAGUGCUGGCGAACUCAGCAACGAGACUUCCGAAGUCGCCUCUCCCGGUCAUAUCCAGCCUCUUGUCCUACCCCCGAGCCUCACCACUGUUCCCCUCACCACCGUCUUCGAGUGCCCACCGUCUCCCGUAAAAGAGGUCUUCUCAUACAGUAAAGGUGUUCAAACAACUGAGGAAUGGACGACCCCAAACAGAACCAGAGCUCAGUCUCUCAUUUCAGAAGCCGAUGAUAUACCCGUAGCAACUUCGACGCCCAGCAAGAGGCUGAGCAGGAGAGAACGGGAUCGAGAGGAGGAGCUCCGACAGAAGAUCAGGGAAGAGGUGGAGGAAGAACUAAGGGCGACAAAGGAGUUCCUGACCGAUGGCGUGGUACCCCCGAGCACGUCGAUGAACUAUCCUUCAAGGAAUCUCACUGCCGAAGAACUCGACGCCGUGGCGCAGUCAGACGAGUUUGUCGACUUCCUGGAAAAGUCUACCAAAGUGAUUGAGAGAGCCCUUGAUCAAGAGACGUACGAUAUCCUUACCGACUAUGCGCUACAAGGCCAAGAUGUCGAGGACGAAGACGAGGAAACUGGCAACACCGGCGGCCGCGGAAAGCAUAGGGUGAAGGAGGUGGCUCAAUUCUUUGAUGAUCGAUGGUCCAAGAAGCGCAUGAUCAGCGGAAUCGACUUCUCGCCCAAAUUUAGCGAGCUCGUUCUCGCAUCUUACACCAAGAACCCAACGGCGCCCCACGAACCUGAUGGCUUGGUUCAGGUCUGGAACCUUCACAUGCAAGAUCGCCCAGAAUACGUCUUUACAGCGCAGUCGGAUAUCCUGACGGCAAAGUUCUCGCCUUACCACAACAACCUCAUCAUCGGUGGCUCAUACAGUGGCCAAGUGUUGCUCUGGGAUACAAGAGCAAAGGCGGCACCCGUUCAAAAGACUCCCUUGACCGGAUAUGGACACGCUCAUCCUAUCUAUUCGGUCGAUAUCGUUGGUACUCAAAACGCCAACAACAUCAUUUCUUGCUCAACUGAUGGCGUUGUGUGUGGCUGGACCAUGGACGUGUUCGCCCAGCCUCAGGAGUUGCUCGAGCUGAAGAACCCCAGCCAGGCCAAGGUGGCUGUUGAAGAUGUGAGCCCGACGUGCCUUUCUUUCCCGGAUACAGAUCCUACAUUCUUCCUCGUCGGUAGCGAGGAGGGCACCAUCUUCCCCUGCCAUCGAUACGACCGAGCUGGUGCCAAGGCCGGCGUGGACAAGAAGAUCAGCUACAAGGGACACACUGCACCUGUCAUGUCAGUCGACUUCCAUCCUGCCAGAGGUCCAGUGGAUCUGGGUGACUUGGUCAUCUCUUCAUCACUGGAUUGGAGCGUGAAGCUCUGGAAGGUUCGGGCACCUGCAGCAACUUCCACCAUUGGCUCUGGGGAUGGUACUAUCUCACCCCUGAUCGACUUUGUGCGCGAGGAUGUCGUCUACGACGCCAAGUGGUCACCUGUCAAGCCCAACAUUUUUGCCUUGGUAGACGGUGCCGGCUGGCUCGAGCUCUGGGAUAUCGCUGUCGAAACUGAGGAACCUGUGUCGCGGAUAUCACCCAGUGCUCGAAAGGACGGUAGAACCAUGCUUUCAAAGAGUCUGAACAAGGUGGCAUGGGAGCCCAACGAUGGAAAGCGUCUUGCCACUGGUGGUAUCGACGGAUCCCUCACAGUGUUUGAGGUGGCCAGCGGUCUGGGAGGCAAGGAGGGCUUGAAGAAUGAGGACUGGGCAAACGUGAAGAAGCUUGUGAAUAGACUUGAAGCCGUAGGGUCGAAUGGCGCGUUGAUGGAUUAA